UCACUGAGAGAGUGCUUCUCGGACGAUGUCAGUCUCCUGCUAAAAGCGGAGGAAGAGGAAGUAGUUUGUGUUGAUAUUUCUUCGGAUCAUCUGUGAUUGACAGAAAGCGUGUCACAGUGAACGAUGCAAACAACCGGGAAUUUAAAUGUUCUCUUUGAUUUUACUGCAGCUGAAACAAACUGAGAGAAUAAUAGCAGCACAUACUGUGGAGAUAUGCGUUCGUGAUUGGAAUUUAACUCCGAAAUUAAUAUGUCUCUCUAGUCAAGCGAAAUUAAAUCGAAAAGUCACUUAGUGUAUGGAUUACGUAACAAUACUGUGAUAUAAAAUAAAUUAUUUAAUGCUAUUUAUAUAUAAUAUAUGGAAUUAAAUAUGAUGGAAAAUCCUGCUACUACUGAUUUUGAAAAUGAAGAAAUGUCAAGAAAACUUCCAGCUGAAAUACUUAGCUCUGAUUCUGCUGCAAACUACAUUAAAAGCUGGCCUGUGCAGCUACCAGUUCCUAUGAAAACUAUUUACAUUAAAGGAACCAGACGCAUUCGACGAAAACCUUAUCGGUUUAAAUGCUCCAAUAUGAAAAAUUGGUUAAUACCAUUGGAUGGUCCUAUGUCAAUGGAUCAUGUUCAUUUUCUUUUGGACUGUUUUGUUGUAUCAGCUGGUCCUGUGCCACCACAACUUGGUAGAUAUCAUCCACAGUCAGAUCCUGAAGAAUUUGUCCCGAAAGAUACCAUGGAAUUGAGCCGAGAAGACAACUGGAGUGAUAAUAGUGAAGAGGAGGAUGAGUUUUGGUCAAAAGUGGGAAUCCCCAAAGAUAAUAGUCCGCAGGUAUCCAAAAGAGAAACGUCCACUCGAACAGAAGUAAUAGGUGCUGGUACAUCUUCUAUGAACAGCUGGCCUGAAGAGGACAAUGACACAUACACAUUUGAACCGUAUUUUCCGAAUGCUAAUACCAAACGUAUACAAAGGAGCAAUUAUACUUUUCCUGCUGAUCUGAAUGAUGAUUUUAUAGUCAGAGAAUUAUCAGAAAUGAGACUUGUUUUAGAGAGACUUUUGGACACGCAGGAGGUUGCUAAUUGGGAUGAUCCGCGGAAUCUACGUGAAAUACUUGACAUGCUUCCGGAAGAUCCUCAUCCCAAAGAGCCCUCUCCGCACUAUCCUGUCGGAGAAUGGGAGUUUGAUGACUGUGGAAUAUGCUUUGAGUCUCAGUGGUUGUACCGUCGUGUUUGUUGCAGCUUCCCUGCGUGCUCGAUAUGUUUGCAGAAUUACUUCUCGUCAAAAAUUGAUAAUGGCCAAGUUAAGAUUGAAUGCUGCAAUACAACAUGCAGUUCCUAUGUGCACCGGGAUGAGAUAUCAGCACGUCUCACACUAGCUUACAAGGAGAAAUUUCACAAAUUGUUAAUUCUGGCAAAUCAAGACGCAAACACAAAAACUUGUCCCCGAUGCAGCCAUGUGACAAAGAUCUCAAAAAAGCCAAAGCAGGAUGGAGAGGACAAAUUUCCAAGUGUGACCUGUCCUUCAUGCUUGCUGGAGUGGUGCUUUAACUGCCAUGCUCCGUGGCAUGGCUCGUUGACGUGCAAGCAGUUCAGGAAGGGCGACCGGUUGCUGCGGUCAUGGGCUCGGGAAAGAAAUCAUGGCCAAUUAAACGCACAGAGAUGCCCGAAGUGCAAGAUAUAUAUCCAGCGUACUACAGGAUGUGACCAUAUGCACUGCACUCGAUGUAAAACUGAUUUUUGUUACAAAUGUGGGGAGAGAUUCCGACAUUUGAAGUUUUUUGGUGAUCAUUACAGUAAACUCAGCAUCUUUGGUUGUAAAUAUCGUUUCAAAGCUGACCAGCCUGUACAACGGAAAGUCAUAAGAGGAGCUAUAUUUGGAGGAAAAUUGAUCGCAGCUCCUGUACUUGGCGCUCUAGCUCUAUGCGCUGGCGCAUUGGCUGUUGGUAUCUCCCUCUUCGCAUUGCCAGUGUAUGGAGGAGUUCGCUUAUACAGGCAUUGUGAAGGUCGACAAGCAACAAAAGCUGUUCGAAGACACCCACAUCAUAUCCACAAUGUCAGACAUAACAUUCAUAAUGUCCACUUGCACGAUUGUCUUUUCUUUCCUGAAAGUUAAAGAGCCAAAUUAUAUUAACUUAUAUAUAUGUGUAUCAAUGUUAUAACGCUUUUUAUUUUAAUUGGAUGCUGCGAUGUUGUCAUUUUUGUGGGCUUAAACUAUUUGCUUCAAAUAAUUUUUCCAAGUGUUUCGCAUUUAUUAAUAUCGUCCAGCUUAAUUGCAGGUUAAUAUGGUGCAUUUGUUCACGCAAAGCAAGCUGUCGAUAUGUUUCACAUUUCUUUAUGGCGUAUUUGUUCAAUCGAAGCAAAUUGUCAAUGUUUUUCACGUUUCAUUUAUAUUGUCUCGCUUAUUCGCCAAUAAAGUGGUGCAUUUGUUCAUGCAGAAGCAUUAUCAUGAAUGUUACAUGUGUAAAAAUAGAUUAUAUAGAUCUUAUAAUUCUAUCUGUAAAGAUCAAAGUAUACUUUGUGCA